AUGACCAUCCAAGCGAAGAAAAUUGUGACGAUAUUUGGAGGGACUGGAAACCAGGGCAGUAGUGUGGCACGUUCCUUGCUGGCACAUAAAGAGAAGAUCUUUCACGUUCGUGUAGUCACGAGGGACCCUCAAUCAGACAAAGCGGAAGCUAUCGCGUCGCUCGGAGUGGAAUUAGUUCAAGCAGAUGGACUCAACUCUCGUGAAAUGACAAAUGCCUUUGCUGGCAGUUGGGGGGUUUUUAUCAACACCAAUUCUGAUGAUGAGGUAAUGUCACAAUGGAAAGUCGCAUGCUCAGUAGCUUUAAAGUCACUGGAUGGUCCUAGUGACUAUGACCUUGGCGUAUCGGUCAUCGAUUCUGCAAAGAAAGCAGGUGUUCAACAUGUGGUUUACAGCUCCGGACCUUCCAUCACGAGCGCUACGAAAGGCAGAAUGCAUCUUGAAGGCUUCGAGACCAAGUACCACGUCGAGCAAUAUGGGCGUAAGAAAGGGUUCACGAGCUUCACCCCAAUUCUAUGCGCCUCCUUUAUGGAGUGUUUUUUCUACGAUCCAUUCGUGGAUGCCUUCGGUGGGUUUCCUUGGAACCCCGACCCAGAAACAGGAGAAGUGGUCUUCCGCACUCCGGCCUACGGGGGAAAAGGCGAUAUGCCCUGGAUCAGUUGUGAGGAUGACCUCGGAGACAUCGUGCAUGGUAUCUUUUUGAACCCGUUCAGAUACGACCAGAUAUUGGUUCAGGCCACGAGCCAGCAGAUUACAAUGUCUGAUGUGGCAGCUUCAUAUACACAAGCCACUGGCAUUCCUGCUCGGUACGAGGAACUGCCAUCCUGGUCUAGUAUCAAGCCCAAUGGGACAAGGUGCCGAGCCGAAACGCGCCAAAUGUUCUGGUACAUGAAGUAUUGCGGUGGCCGCUGGUUUGCAGAACACGAGAGCGACAUGUCUACCGCGGUCGCAUUGAAGAAAUCAGCAAUGUUGUCUCGGGGCCAGGAGGGGGGUCUUGUUACAUUUCAGGCUUGGUUUAAGAAGGCGCAAGUCCUGAGAGACCGAAAUGUAUGA